AUGUUUCUCUGUGACGAGUGGAAAUCUUCGAAAGGUGGAUUAUCAACUUUCAAUCGCGAGUUUGCUAUUAAUUUGGCAGAGACAACGACUGAUAGCAUGAAAAUCCACUGUUAUGUCUCGAGAAGCGAUGAUCAGGAUAAGGAAGAUGCUGAACAACUUGGAGUAAAUUUAAUAACCGCUCAGACUGUUCCUGGAUCGCAAGAUCCCUUAGAUUGGUUGAAAACUCAACCUCCAGAGCUUCCGUAUCCACAUAUUGUGAUUGGUCAUGGCAGAAAACUCGGAAUUCCAGCAUGGUUCCUCAGGCGAGCUACAGGAUGUAAAUGGAUUCAGUUUGUCCACGUCUUCUGUGAGGACCUUGGAAAGUUUAAAGAAACUACUGCCACGGCCGUUACAGAUACGAUCGAGGAGAACGAGGAGAAGCACAAGAAAGAAAUUGAGUCGUGUAAAGCAGCGGAUGCAGUUAUCGCUGUCGGCUCGCGUCUACAACGAAAGUACAGCAGAAGUCUCCCAAAUGUGGCGGUGGAGAUCAUCACCCCAGGAAUUUUGAAAAAGUUUUGCAAUGAAUCGAUAGAAUCGGGAGAACAUGCUGGUGUAUUAUCGAGGACGUUGAAUGCCUUUAAGGCUUUUAAAUUCAACGUCUUCAUGUUCGGCCGAGCAACCUUUGAAGACCUUACGUUAAAGGGUUAUGAUAUAGUAGCAAAUGCCAUAGGUUCCCUUGGAGGGAAAUUUGAGCUCACAUUUGUUGGCUCUUCUCCUGGUGAGCACCGAAACGUAGAGCAAUGGUUUCUUAAUAACACAUGCAUCAAACGCAAGCAGAUAACAAUUCGUGGUUAUUGCACUAAACAGGAUGAACUGAAAGAAAUGUUUCACCAAUCAGACCUGGUUGCUGUUCCUUCACGUACUGAAGGAUUUGGGUUAGUUGGCCUCGAAGCCAUUUCUUCCGGUGUACCUGUACUUGUCUCUGAUGAAUCUGGCAUAGCUGAGGCGUUGCAAAAAGUAGAAGGCGGAAACACUGUCAUUGUUGGAUCAGAUGAAGAUGAAGAUGAAUGGGCACGAAGGAUAAGUGAGGUGUCCAGCCAAAGUCCAGAAGAGAGACAAACCAGUGCCAAACAGCUUAGAGAGAACUACAGGAGGGUUUACCCUUGGAGAAUGGAAUGUGAGAGGUUCAAAGGGCUAAUUGAAAAGGUUGUGAAAACU